AUGGCUGUUAACUGUAUUUCUUCAACAAAUAAACUUCCAAAUCACAAGUAUGAAUCAUUUCUCAAGUAUCCAAAAACUGAAUUCAUGUUUAAACGCAACUUUUUCCCACUGAAAAAGACAUCAUCGUCGGUAGUAUUGUGGAGGAUCCCAGCAUCCAUCAAUAUCAAGGUUUAUGAAGAUCAAUCUGAAGGUAUAGUCUGCUACCAAGAUGAACACGGAGAAAUCAUUUGUGAAGGUUAUGAUGAAGGGCCUUGUUUUCAAAGAAUCUCAAAAUCAGCCUAUCAAUAUCCAAUUCCUGCAAGAUUGUUAAAGGAGAAGAUAUUAGUGAUGAUGCAGAUGAAGGACUUCAACUGCAAUGGCUUUAACUCAUUCUGCUGA